AUGGAGGCGAUGUUAUGGUUGAUAUUUCUGAUCCAUCGAAACGACAACAAGCCAAAAGAUGCAGGAGUGGACGACGAUGCAGCCGAGGCUGCCGACGCUGAGCACAAGAGUGAGGGUUUGCCCAAGACCGAUGCUCGCGAUGGCCCAAGGAAGGGCAAGAACAAGAAAGAGAAGAAGCAGAAAGGUCAAAACACGAGUCGCACCUUUGGAACCUCGCGAGACAAGAUACCUCUCUGUGGCACUCGCGCAGUGUACAAUGAAUUCUCGCCAAAAGAGUGCCCAUUUGGCGAAAAGUGCAAGUUUGAACACGAUCUCCGCAGGUAUCUAAAGGAAGGCCGACGGGCAGAUCUGACGACUCUCAACGGCCAAUGCCCCGUCUACAGCGUCAAAGGCUUCUGCCACUUUGGCUGGAAGUGUCGAUUCGUAGGCAGCCACUCCGAAGAGCGCACUACGGAGGACGGCAGGCAAGAGCUGGUUCUGAAAGAAGACGCCGAGCGCAAGGCCAAGUUAUCUGGGCUUGAUGACGAGGCGGAAGCCGAAGUUGUCAACGUUGUAUCCAAGGACAUCAAGAUUGGGUUGUCUAGAAGAAAGAUUGGCACUCCACGGUCUGACCAGUACCUGGAAUGGAUUGAGACCAAUGCACGCAACGAACGAGAAAUGUUCGAUGCGGCUCAGAUGGAUACGGAGAUUCUGAAAGAGGAAAAGGAGGCACGCAGGGCAGAGUAUGUUGAGGCGCCCUUUAGACCUUCAGAGAAGCGUAGGCUUUACUACGGCCCCGAGACGCCAAUGCUCGCUCCUCUCACUACACAGGGAAACAUGCCCUACCGCCGCCUCUGUGUCGACUUCGGCUGCCAAGUGACAUGGAGUGAAAUGGCCAUGGGCAUGCCACUGAUCCAAGGAGACAAGGGCGAAUGGCCACUCAUGAAGGCCCACGAGUCCGAAAUCAGCCCCCCAAAGUUCCUCGGAAAGAACACCGUCGUCCAAGGCUACGACAAUUCCAAGGACCUCAAGUUCGGCGCCCAAAUCGCCGCAAACAAGCCCUGGCUAGCCACCAAAACAGUAGAAGUACUAACAGAAUACUGCCCCAAACUCCGCGCCAUCGACCUAAACUGCGGCUGCCCCAUCAACCUCGUCUGCGAAAAAGGCAGUGGCUCCGCCCUCCUCGAUAGCGAAGCAAAACUAGAGCACAUACUCCGAGGCAUGAGCUACGUCUCAAAAGAAGUCCCCAUCACGGUAAAAAUCCGCAUGGGCACAAAAGACAACCACCCCACUGCCCAAAAGCUCAUCAAGCGCCUCGUCCUCGGCGGCCACGAAGCCGUCGAAUCCGGCAAGGGUACUUCAGGCGUCGCAGCCAUCACGCUCCACGGCCGCAGCAAGCAACAACGCUACUCCCGCAGCGCAGACUGGUCCUACAUUGCCGAAUGCUCUGCCCUCAUCUCCCGCCUCCGCAAAGAACAAGCAGCCGCCACCGACACGGCCGCUGAAAUCGACCCCCGCGAUCUCGCCAACGGCGGCCACGUCUACUUUGUCGGCAACGGCGACUGCUACUCGCACGAAGACUACUACACCCACCUCGCCAACGCAGGCGUCGACACCGUCAUGGUCGGCCGCGGCGCGCUAAUCAAACCGUGGCUGUUCGAAGAAAUCGAAAAGGGCCAAUAUCUCGACAAAUCCGCGUCUGAACGCCUCACCUACAUUGAAAAGUUUACCAAAUACGGCUUGCAGACUUGGGGCUCGGAUGAAAUGGGUAUAGGUACUACACGCCGUUUCCUACUUGAGUGGCUCAGCUUUGCGCAUCGCUAUGUUCCGGUGGGCUUGCUGGAGCAUUUGCCGCCGAAUAUUCAGGACCGACCGCCGCGGUUUAGGGGCAGGAAUGAGUUGGAGACGUUGAUGGCGAGUGAGCAUUAUAAGGAUUGGAUUAAGAUUAGGUGA